ACUUUCCCAGCGUGCUUUGCGGCGGAAGAGAGUGACGACAAUAACAAACAGCGGCGGCGAAGGUUUAGCGUCGGAACGGGCGGCGGAUCGAGGAAGCGAUCCCGGCGUCGGACGCUGUAAUAUAGUUUUCGGCCCGCUUCCGGCCCUCAGGAGCUCCGCCGAUCCACCCGCUUGCGGAUUCCGUUCCUUCCUACCGGGUCCCCCUCACCCCCCUUGGCUCUUCCACCGGCGCUCAGCCUCUCUCCUGUCCGGGCGGCCGAGACCGGAGCUGCUGCCCUGUGUCGGAGACGCAGCGGCGGGGAGGAGCUUCCGUGGCCGGCGGUCACCGGCGCGGGAUGGUGCGCGGGGCUGCCCAGCUGUUGCUGCUGCUGCUCUUCUUGUGGCCGCCUUCGGGUCUUUAAUGCUCUGUGUUUACUGAAAACUUGAUUCUCUUGCCAAAGUCACAUGAGGAAAAUAAGUUAUUUGCAAUCUAGUUGUUCUUAAACAUAGUGGUACCUCCAUGCAGUGCCUGAAGUUUCAAAACAAUAAUCACAACAUCAAAGGUAUAAACUUCCAGAAUUUAAAGAAGUCAGCAUGAAGUUAUAUGUGUUUUUGGUGAACACUGGAACCACCCUUACCUUUGAUACAGAACUUGCAGUACAGAAUGUGGCAGAUCUUAAACAGGCAAUCCAAACCAAGUACAAAAUCGCUAUUCAGCAUCAGGUGUUGGUUGUCAAUGGCGGAGAGUGCAUGGCAGCGGAUAGGAAAGUUUGUAGUUACAGUGCUGGAACGGAUACAAACCCAAUUUUUCUCUUCAACAAAGAAAUGAUUUUAUGUGAACGUCCUCCAGCUAUCCCUAAAACAACAUUUUCAGCAGAAAAUGAGAUGGAACUGAAAGUUGAAGAAUCUCUUAUGAUGCCUGCAGUUUUUCAUACAGUAGCUUCGCGGACACAGCUUGCUGUGGAAAUGUAUGAGAUUGCCAAGAAACUUUGUUCCUUCUGUGAAGGUCUGGUCCAUGAUGAACAUCUUCAGCACCAAGGCUGGGCUGCCAUAAUGGCAAAUUUGGAAGAUUGUGCAUGCUCUUACCAAAAGCUGCUUUUCAAGUUUGAAAAUGCUUAUUCAAGUUACCUGCAAUCCAUUGAUGACAUUAAGCUAAAACUUACACACUUAGGGGCUGCUGUUUCUAUUAUGGCAAAGAUUCCAUUGUUGGAGUGCCUAACUCGACAUAGUUACAGAGAGUGUUUGGAGCAUCUUGAUUCUUCAGUAGAACAUGGAGAGACUGAAAGUGAAGACACUGAAAAUGAGAAGUCAGCUGAAGUCAUGGUUUCUCCUAAUAAGCAUAAAAUUAACAAACAAUCAUUGUUAGCAUCGUUUUGCAAAUCAGUAGAACAUCAAAGCCCAGAUGGCAGAGUUUCUGAACAAGUGAAUGAAAAGAAGGAAAGCAGUCAGGAUCCUUCUGUCCAGGACAGUGAUGUUUCAAUGGAGCUGAAAGAUAAUGAUCUCCCUUCCUUCAAUGUGUCCCUCUUAGAUUGGAUUAAUGUUCAAGAUAGACCUAACGAUGUUGAAUCUUUGGUCAGAAAGUGUUUUGAUUCUAUGAGCAGACUGGAUCCAAGGAUUAUUCAGCCUUUUUUGGCAGACUGUCGACAAACAAUUGCCAAGUUAGAUAAUCAAAAUAUGAAAGCCAUUAAGGGACUUGAGGACAGGCUUUAUGCUUUGGACCAGAUGAUAGCUAGCUGUAGCAGGCUGGUAAAUGAACAAAAAGAACUUGCUCAGGGAUUUUUGGCUAAUCAGAAGAGAGCAGAGAACUUGAAAGAUCCUUCUGUGUUACCUGAUCUGUGCUUGAGUCAUGCAAAUCAAUUGAUGAUUAUGUUAACUAAUCACCGGAAGCUUUUAGAUAUUAAGCAGAAAUGUACUACUGCCAAACAAGAACUUGCAAAUAAUCUACAGGUUCGACUGAAGUGGUGUUGCUUUGUAAUGCUUCAUGCUGACCAAGAUGGAGAAAAGCUGCAAGCCUUGCUACGUCUUGUAACAGAGCUCUUAGAAAGAGUGAAGAUCGUAGAGAAACUUAGUAAUGUUCCUCAGAUGUACUGUUUGGCUGUUGUUGAAGUUGUAAGAAGAAAAAUGUUUGUAAAACACUACAGGGAGUGGGCUGGUGCAUUAAUAAAAGAUGGGAAACAUCUUUAUGAUGCAGAAAAGGCCAAAAGGGAAUCUUUUGGGAAAUUAUUUAGGAAAUCUUUUCUAAGAAAUCGUUUGUUCAGGGGACUUGAUGCUUGGCCUCCAUCCUUUUGUACCCGAAAACCUCGCAAGUUUGAUAGUGAGCUUCCUGAUAUCUCGUUAUCUGACUUGCAGUUUUUGCAGUCCUUUUGUCCUUCAGAAGUACAACCAUUACUCAGGGUUCCCAUACUUUGUGAUUUUGAACCUCUCCACCAGCAUGUACUUGCUCUACAUAACCUGGUCAAAGCAGCGCAAAGUUUGGAUGAAAUGUCACAGACCAUUACAGAUCUGCUGAAUGAACAAAAGGCUUCCAACAGUCAAGACUCCCCACAGUCUGUCACUACACCAAGGAUGGAAGGAACAACAAUUGCUACCUCUCCUAAAACACCACCACCACUCAGUCUUCAGGGACCUCUGUACCCUCCCGUAUGUCCUCCAGGUCCUUUGGAAGAAUUGUCACCAGACAGUAUUGAUGCUCAGACAUUUGAUUUUGAAACAAUUGCCCAUCCAAGCAUAGAACAAGCUCUUAAGCAAGGGUCUUUAGAUUUGGAUUCAUUGGCAGAAAGUCCAGAAUCUGAUUUUAUGUCAGCGGUGAAUGAGUUCAUAAUAGAAGAAAACCCAACGUCUCCAAAUGUCAUAAGUGAUCCUCAGAGUCCAGAAAUGAUGGUGGAGUCCCUCUAUUCCUCAGUUAUCAAUGCAAUAGAUAGUAGGCGGAUGCAAGAUACAAAUAUAUGUGCAAAAGAGGAAGCUUUAGAAAAUUCUGCUGUAAAUGUUUAUAUGGAGAAAUGUAGAGAUGUUGCCCAGGAAUCUCACUUAAAUUUAAUAAACAUCAAAGAAGAUCUUUGCCACUUUAGAACGUUUGUAGAAAAGGAACAGUGUGAAUUUUCCAGUUCUUUAAAAUGUACUUCAAUAGAAAUAAGGAAUAUCAUAGAAAAGGUAAAACUUUCUCUUGAAAAAACACUAAAAGAUAAGCAUCAAAAGGAACUUCAGUCUAUAAAAACUGAAUAUGAAUGUAGAUUGAAUACCUUAGUUGAAGAUAGUGAAGAGAAUCAAAAAAAGAUUACAAAAUUAAAACAUGACUUAAAAGGUCUAGAAGAGGUUUUGCAUGACAAAGAUAAUGAAUUUGCAAUAGUAAAGAAUGAAAAGGAAGCAGUUGUGGUUUUACAGAAUGAAAAAGAUCAGAAGUUGCUUGAACUGGAAUGCCAAAUGGAGAAUCAGACUUGUGAAAUUAAAAAGCUAAGAGAGUCACGUGAAAGAGUAUUAGAAAAAUUGAAAAAACUUCAUAUUGAAAAUGAUGAAAAAAUGCAACUUCUAAGGGAGGAACUUCAAACUUUGGAGCAAGAUCACCUGAAGGAAUUAGAAUCCAAUCUUCUUAUCAAACAUACACAAGAGUUUGAAGAAUUAAUGUCCAAACAUGAUGAUUGUUUAGAGAAAUUAAAAAAAGAAAAUCAGAAGCGACUUGAGCAAAUGCAAGAAUCCCAUGCUGCUAAUAUUCAUGCAAAAGAACAAGAGAUUGAACAAUUGAAGAUCAAGGUUUCUGAACUGUCUGACUUAAGAUGCAAAUUGGAAGUUGAACUUGCACUGAAAGAAGCAGAAACAGAUGAAAUGAAGUUACUCUUAGAAGAGAGCAAAACUCAGCAGCAGGAUAAUCUGAAAAGUCUUGUUGACAAGGAAACUCAAGUGUUAAGAAAAGAGAUUGAUAAAUUGAACCAUAUAAUUCAAGUUAACAAUGAUGAAUAUCAGGUGGGUCUAGCAGAGCUAAGAACUUUAAUGACAAUAGAGAAAGAUCAGUGCAUUUCAGAAUUAAUAGACAGGCAUGAAGAAGAAACAAAUUUACUUAGAACUGAACUAAGCAAAGUAAAUUCUUUGCAUCAAAAAGCUCUUGAAGCAGAAAAAAGGUUGGAAGAACAAAUAACAGAAUUGCAAGGUAAACUGGAACUGGAAGUAAGUGCCCUGGAGAAGGAAAAAGAGAAGAAUCUGGCACUCUGUGAACAACAAAAGAAAUAUGAAGCCACAAUCAGUAAGCUAACAGAAGAAAAAGAACUAUUAAUAACAAACCAUGGGCAGGACAGGAAUGUGCUUGUGCAGAAACUGAAUUGUGAAAAAGAAGAUGCUGUACGAAGUGCCCUUAAAGAAUUUGAGUUGCAGAGGGAAGCUGUUGAAAAAGAACUUUUGGAAAAAAUCCAGCAACUUGAGAUUCAAGUUAAUCAGAGUUCGGCUGAAUCAUUUGCAUCAAGCUUGGUUGCUGAACUUCAAGAAAAACUCCAGGAGGAAAAGGUGAAGUUUUUGGAGCAGCUUGAAGAACAUGAGAAAAGGAAAAAUGAGGAAAUGCAAAACAUUCGAACAUCACUCACUGCAGAGCAGCAGACUACCUUUAAUACUGUGCUGACAAGAGAAAAGAUGAAAAAAGAAAACAUCAUAAAUGAUCUUAAUGACAAAUUAAAAAUGAUAACACAGCAACAAGAAAGGGACAAGGAUCUGAUUGAAACCCUUUCUGAAGAUCGAGCUCGUUUAAUUGAAGAGAAGAAGAAACUAGAAGAAGAAGUUAAUAAAUUGAAAUGUAGUAAUCUGGUUCCAUCAACCUAUUUACCUCCCAGUUCAGAACUUCCUGGAGCUUGUGCAGCUGACUUUGCUGCAGAAACGGAACGACUGGCUUCAGAAACUACAGAGGAAGGGAGAAUGGAUUCUACACUGGAAACUAGCAUGAUGGCUGUAAAUGAGAAUGUGCAGAUGUCUGAAGAAAAACAAAGGAUUAUGAUGUUAGAAAAAACACUACAGUUGAAAGAGGAGGAAAAUAAGAGGCUUAGUCAAAGAUUGAUGUCUCAAAGUAUGUCAUCAGUAUCCCUAAGACAUUCUGAAAAAAUUGCUAUCAGAGAUUUUCAGGUUGGAGAUUUGGUUCUCAUUAUUUUGGAUGAGCGUCAUGACAACUAUGUCCUGUUCACUGUUAGCCCCACUUUGUAUUUCUUACACUCAGAAUCUCUUGCUGCACUGGAUCUGAAACCAGGUGAGUGUGCUUCAGGUGCAUCGCGAAGACCCUGGGUAUUAGGGAAAGUAAUGGAGAAGGAAUACUGCCAGGCAAAAAAGGCACAAAACAGAUUUAAAGUUCCUCUGGGUACAAAAUUCUAUAGAGUAAAAGCAGUGCCAUGGAACAAGAAAGUAUAACACAUCAUGGAAAUUCAACUUACUAAAAUUUUUUCUGGCUUGGCCUUCAGGUCACAUUCGUCACUCCAAGUAGCAGGCCAUCUUUUUUAUACUGAGGUCACAUGACAAUGCUCCACAAUAUAAAAGCUUUUUUUUCCCCUUUUUAAUGUGUUACAUUUUAGAAACAAGAAAUUCAUCACAAAAACUGGCUUAACAGUUCCAGUUUUUCUACCUGGACAAAGUGUGGACCAAAAGAGUUCAUUUUAUGGAAGGCAACCCUUGCAUAUCAUGGCUUAUUUACUAGCCAUGUUAAUUGCCUGUUUAAUAUACAUUACUUUCAUGUUAGGUGUUAAAUGUUAGCUACCGUUACCAGCAUAUGUCCUUUUGUGAAAUCAUUAUCAAAGUACUUGCGCUCUUAACAGAUUCUUUAAUAUGUAUAAAAUUCAUAUUUAAAGAGUGUUCAUUGCAUGCAGAUAAUCAUAAUUUUCUUCAACAUGAGUUUGCCUCAGUAGAUGAAAAGGUAACUACUGCAACUUGCUCCAUUACAUUGCAUUAAAAAAUCCUUGAAUAUAAACAGUGGGGGGGGGAGUACCUUGUUGGGCUGAUACAAAUCAGCCAUAGUAAAUAUACAGUCCUUAAAAGCAUCUUUGAAGGAUUGAUCACAGAUUUUGAAGGGAAGUAGCUGUGCCCUUGUGUUUAAAUGAAGCACCCCGAUUUUCCCAAUCCACAGAGAAAUCUUGUAUUCAUUUAGAAAAAUCAUAUUGAUGAAAUUCAGUUUCAUGGCUGAGGUUCAAGAAGAAGAAGAAAAGAAUCCAUUGUACAUUAACUAUAAAAAGGCCACUUAAGUAACAAAUUAUUGUAUUGUAAAAGACAUGUAGAAUUUUAAAACAAUAAAGAUUUGAACAUGUAAAUGUCUCAA